AUGACUUUAAGUGAUUAUAAUCAUUACCCUAGAAAUAAAAAUAGAGGUGAUAAAAACAACAAAAAAGAUGUUGUUAAUCCCUCAUCAACCUAUUCUUCAACACCUACUACCAAAACAUCAAAAUCAACCACUUCUGCUUCCUCAACAACCUAUUCUUCAACACCUGUUACCAUGAUAUCAAAAUCAAUUACUUCUACCACAUCAAAAGAUUCCAAGAUCCCUACCCCUUCAUCCCCCAACACAACUACAAAAAGUUACAGUCCAUCAUCGCCUGUUAUAAGUAAAGUCACUACAGAAGAAUCUUCAAAACUACCAACCUCCCCCUCAUCAAGUAAUAAAACUAUUUCAUUUUCAGCGCCCACUUCCACAACUAAAAGUACUAAAUCAAAAUCAAAAAAAGUUAUUCAACCUCAAGGACAUACUAAGACAACAAUCAAAAAAACUAAUAAUGACGACAAUAAUAAAUUAGCAAAAGACUUUUUAUUCUUUUUACAACUGCCCAAACUACAAUUUCGAACUUCCGAUGGACUCUGGGAUCGUGGAUGGGCCCAACGGAAAGAAUACUUUAGGCCAUUUGCUGGUAGAGCAUAUGUUUAUGCUAUUGUAGGCCCAUUUAAUAUCAAUACUGCAACUUACACAGAGCUCAUGACAAUUGAUGAUAUUGGUGUACCAGAAAAGGUAUUGGAAAGAUUAAAAUUUCUAGAGAUAAUUUUGUUUCUAAAUGAACUUUAUAACUUAGAUGUCCAAAGUAUUGAUCAUCCAGCAACAAGUUCUGGUGGAAAUGGAUACUGGGAAUUAUUAAAAAACGAUCCUUUCUAUAGUGGAUACGGAUACGGUGGCACAUAUAUUUCUAGUGGCUAUCCCAUCAUUACUAGUAAUACUACAACUACCAAUAAAACACCAGAUGAUACUACGACCACCAAUAAAACACCAGAUGAUACUACAACCACCAAUAAAACACCAGAUGAUACUACAACCACCAAUAAAACACCAGAUGAUACUAUUACAUCUACACCCGAAUCCACAUCACCAGAAUCAUCGUCUCCUCCUCUACCAUCAUAG